UGUUGCAACAUAACAGUCUGGCGUUUUCAGUCAGAACACUUAUAAAAAAAAUUCAAAAUGUGUCCGUCCAAAUUUGUUGUUUGUUUAUUGCUGAUUUAUGUAAAUGCUGCUUUAAUCCCGUUUGAUCUUAAUACAAUAGUACCCGAUGAAUCAAGAGAAUCACAGACGACUCCGCCCGCUAGUCGGAAUGAUCCCAGCGCCUCAGACUUCCAGUUCAUGAUCACGGGUGGCUAUCGGCCGCACACAAAUGAUCUGGUCAAGUAUGUAGUCUCGCUGCGAAUGGGAAAAUCAAAGAAGUUCUUUGGCGAUAACCACUUUUGCGCGGGUGCGAUCAUCAGCCAGCGGUCAAUCUUGACGGCGGCCCACUGCCUGUAUUAUGAUCGCCGCAAGCUCAUGCCCAGAAAAUUAACGGUCAUCGCUGGAACGCCGAAGAGGCUGGUGAGAAGCAGCACCACUCAAACUGUAGAAGCGAAGAGGCUUAUACCGCACCCCAAGUACAAAAAGGGAAAAUCAAAAUUUGACAUCGGCCUUGUGUUGGUGAAGAAGGAUCUGAACUUGGGGGAUGCUGUCGCCAGCAUGCCUCUGUAUGACAAGGCCCCGGUGGCCGGGGUCCCAUGCACCAUUGUCGGCUGGGGCACGGUCAUACAGUACGGGCCACUUCCCGAUGAAGUCAUCAACGGCGAGGUGAAAGUUUUGCCAGAUACCUUCUGCCAGAAGCUCCUAGGCUGGACCAAGGUGGGUAUGCUCUGCGCCAAUGACAAGAGGAACACCGAAGUGGACAGCUGCCAAGGCGACUCCGGUGGGCCGCUUAUCUGUGACAAUAAGGUGGCCGGCGUCGUAUCCUUCGGCACGGGUUGUGGUGAGCCCGAUUCAGCCGGAAUCUACACCGAUGUCUACCACUUCAGGGAUUGGAUCAACGAGAACUCAUGCCCCCGGAGGCCGUGUCCAACGUUGACGCUGUUGACCCUAAUGCAGCUUCUGCUGGCCUUCCUUGGCUUUUUUACGGGUAUAUGGUAGCGCCGGCGGUUUAUUCAACAGGCUUUUUUUGCGCCGGAAGGUGCUGGAAGAGCUACUAAGUAAUCGCAGCUACUAUCCUGCAAGCCAGGAAACCUCCGAGUCUGUAGGCGACAAACCAAAAAUGACUGAAAGCAGCGGCAUGGCCUGUCAUCCAUGAAGGUGAGGGCGGGCAGCUAUGGCGAUGGAGAUACGAAUGCGAGGUUGCAAAUGGCGCAAUGUGCACGCCCCGCUAUUACUUGCUCACACACGCACACCCAAUCUUUCCGUAUGGGCUGGGUGGAACAACGGUUUAUGGUUACGCUGACGCUGUGCUGCCAGUGGAUUCACUGUUUGUGACAGCAAUUAUCGCAUCACAACCGAGGUUAAGGCCUCCCCUCUCGCCGAUCCUGAACCCACAGCAUACCAAGCAGAGAACAUUAUGCAACAAUUCGCAAUGGUUCAUUUGGGGCGCUCACCAAAUGUUGAUUGUAUCAAUUAGGGUUAGCGGUGUCCUCGUCCAGAUUAUAGGGAACUCUGCGCCUGAGGCGGUACAGUAAAAUGAGCUUGAUUUU